AGCCUAGUUUAGCUUAGUUGGUGCUGCGGUUUCGGUAUGUCUUGAAAUGCUGCUGUCGCGUAGUACAUUUUGCGCUUUGCCUGCAGCGUCCGCGUAUGGACGUGUCAGUCGCGUUUUCAGAGUUGCGCCUCUUCUGAGACGAAGUAGCAAUUAUAAGAACAUAAAGAAAUGCUGCGAAGUUCUCGGAAUUGGCGAAGAAUCCAGCAUGAAGGAAGUAAAAGAAGCCUUCGUCCAGUUGGCGCGAAAGUACCACCCGGACAGUGGGAGCGACACGGCGAGCGCCGCUAAGUUCGACGAAAUCAAGACCGCCUACGAGAGCGUUCGGGAUCGCCUGUCCGGAGAUGCCGCUCCGACUUACGACGAUGUCGACGAAGUCCUAGAAAAAGAUUUCGGCAUAAAGCACACGGUUCCGCAGCACCGACAGUACCUGAGCUACGAUGGCGUCGGCCACGGGACACCGACACAGAGGUGGCACCAGUACCAGCAGCACCGGCUCCAGCAGGCCGUGGAGAGGGUGCACGACCACCGUGUGGCCAAAGCAGAUGCUCCCAAGGAGGUAGUCCUCAAGGACGCCACUCUGGCGCGACAGUACAAGACCACCCAAGCCAUCGAGCGUCUGGUGGAAGACCUGAUCCAGGAGUCGAUGGCGCGCGGCGAGUUCAACAACCUGCCGGGCUCCGGAAAGCCGCUCAAGUUCGCGCCCGAGAACCCCUACGUGGACAGCACCACUCGAAAGCUCAACGAGGUACUGAUCACCAAUGGCUACGUGCCCGAGUGGGUCAUGCUGGAACGCGAGAUUUCCGAGGAGAAGCGGCGGCUGCGCAGCGCGCUUGCUGAGCGCAGAUCCCGGCUGGGUGCGGCGCCGCUCUGCGGCGACGAACAGCGCCUCUGGCAAGAGGCCGUGCGAAGCAUGGACUCGGCAGCGGCGCAGAUCAACCGCAAAAUCGACAAGUUCAACAUGGUCGUGCCGCUGCUCAGCAAACAGCAGCUUCACUUUUCACUCGCAUCGGAGAGUGAGAAGAUUCUAACCAGUGCGAUUCCCCGGCAAGCGUCGGAGACGACGGCAUGCGAGCCCAAAGUGAAGACCAGUCGCGAUGACGAGGGCUUUCUGUCGUUUAUUUUUAGUGCAAUAACAAAAUGGUAGCGCGAAUCUCUUUCAAUAUAGACGACAAGCACUGUCUG